CUCCUCUGCCUCUUCAAACCUACACAUAAACAAUCAAUUCCAUAUCCAAACCCUCACAUAUUCAUAAAUUUAGGGGAUUUCAGUUUUUUAAAAUUAAAUCCUAAAAUCUAGGGUUUUCAUUUUUCGUGCUAUGGCGGCGAGAAGCGAAUCGGAUCGGAUAAAGGGGCCGUGGAGCCCGGAGGACGACGAGCUGCUCCAGAAGUUGGUGGAGAAGCACGGCCCCAGAAACUGGACUCUGAUCAGCAAAUCGAUCCCCGGCCGAUCGGGGAAAUCGUGCCGGCUGCGGUGGUGCAACCAGCUCUCGCCGCAGGUGGAGCACCGCGCCUUCACACCGGAGGAGGACGAGACGAUCGUACGGGCCCACGCGCGCUUCGGCAACAAGUGGGCGACCAUAGCCCGCCUCCUCUCGGGCCGGACCGACAACGCCAUCAAAAACCACUGGAACUCCACGCUCAAGCGCAAGUGCGUCUCCAUGUCGGAGGAGUUCAACGACUUCGAUCCCGAGGCCCGCCCGCCGCUCAAGCGAUCGGCCAGCCUCGGGCCGGGCUCGAACCCUUCCGCCUCGGGCUUCUGUUUCAACCCGGGCAGCCCCGACGGGUCGGAUGUCAGCGAUUCGAGCCAUUCGGGUCAUUUUAUGCGUCGGUCUAUUGCCCGACCCGACCCGGUCACUUCGCUUAGCCUCUCGCUACCCGGAUUCGACCCGAGCCCGAGUCCUGAUUUGAGAUCGGUUUCGGAAAUUGACCCCCAAAUUGUAGCGGCUCCUUCGAUUAAACCCGUUCCGGUGGUUAAUCUGCCGCCGGCGUUUAUGCAGAAUCAACAGUUUGGCCCUGCGGCGGAGAAGCAGUUUUUCAGCGCGGAGUUUUUGGCGGUGAUGCAGGAGAUGGUGAGGAAGGAGGUGCGGAAUUAUAUGGCGGGAGCGGAGGAGAAGGGUUUGUAUAUGCAGAGCGAGGCGAUUAGGAAUGCGGUGGUGAAGCGGAUGGGAAUUAGCAAGAUUGAUUGAUUGAAUCGGCGGAGGUUGAAGAAGAUUGGGGAUUCAAUGAGGGGGAAAUGAUUAAAAAAAACUUUUUUUCUGGGAGAGGAAAUGUUUUGGUUUAAUUUCAAAAUUAGUGGUAAUUUUGGAUGUCAUGAAAAAGGGGAAAAGAAAGUUUUAAAGCUGGUUAAACUGAAUA